CUGCAAGAGCCGCAGGACCCUUCGAAAUGCGGAUACGCUUGCCCUUUGCAGGUGCGUCAAAAGCUUCACACUGGGCCUGGCAAUUUGGGACGGACCUGGAUCUGGAUCUGGACCUGGAUCCAGCCCUACAUCUGGAUCCCCCGUCCAUCUCGCAGAUCCGAACCCAAGCUCCAUGUCCACGUCCAACCCACGUUACUCUUAGCUAACAUUCCCUCCCACCCUCCAGGCGUCUUUUUCGCCCUCCUCCUCGUCGCAGGCUACGCAGGCCUGACCUCCCUCCAGCUGGGCCAGUACGUAAACGACAAGGUCCUCCACUUCGCGACCUUCUUCCUCCUCACCCUCGUCUUCUACUGGAUCCUCGACACGAACCGCCGCCGCACCCUCAACCUCACCCUGACCGUCUGCACCUUCGUCCUCGGCGUCGGCUCCGAGUUCCUCCAGGGCUUCCUCCCCAACGGCCGCGAGUUCGACUUCUACGACAUCGUCGCCAACGUCGUCGGCUCCCUCGCGAGCCUGGGGCUGUGCUCGUGGUACCACAAGCGCAUGCUGGAACGCAAGCGCCGCACCAAGACGUACGCGCCCGUUCCGGGGGAAGACGAGGAGGACGUCGAGCUGGGCGAGGGCCACGAGACGGGCGUGAUCGAGUCGAGCGGCGCGAGAGACGGCGGUGAUACGGCUGCUGGACGGACGCUCGAGCAAGAGGUGGAUAAUUGGGACGAGAACCAGGUGGACGAGUGGGAUGAGGACGACGAUGGCGAUAUUGGCGGGGUCAAGGGCAAGGACGUUGACUCUGGGGACAUCGGCGACCCCAAGAAGCGGGCUGACUAG